AUGCAAACCGGAAGUGGAUUCGUCUAGCGAUUGCUAGUAGAUAAACAUUAUUAAUAUAAAGAAAUCACAUAGUCCUAUUAAUUAUUUAUCAAUACGUAUAUGUGCACAGCAUCAUACUAAUAAAUACAUUUGUCUAUGAUCACCUGCAAACAUAAAAUAGUUGUCAGCAAGCAGAGCGCAUCAUUUUCUGUCACCAAAGGGACUAACCGUGGUUAAAUGAAAACAUUUAUACUCUGAGGCAGACAGCGAAAGCAAACGGUGCUUGUCUACAGGUGAAUGAGUGAGGCUGACUUCUUCCCCUCUGCUGAUAUGGCAGAGAUAAACCACAUCCAUUAUGAGCUAGAAUAUACAGAGGGCAUCAGUCAACAGAUGAGGAUCCCGGAGAGGCUCAAAAUUGGCCCCAGUUCAUCACAUGAACCUCAUGAUUCCUUUCUGGCAGCAUCACAUAGUACCAUGAUGCAUGUGCCAGAGAGAAUUGUGGUUGCAGGAGAUAGCAAUGAUGCUUGCUUUGGCAGACCUAGAAAUCUGGACCUGAUUCAGUCCACGCCAAUAGAGACUGUUGAACUAAAGACUCCACCACGAGUUCUUACACUAAACGAUCAACUUCUAGGCUUCCUAGAGCCAGAGCCAGCAGCCAACUCCACUGCCCAGCCAAGAGAAGAGAUGCGAUCAAACAUGAGGUCACGGCGGGAGCGCUGUAGGAGCGAGAACUCUACGAUGCGCCGCAAUGGGCAAAUGAACAACCAUGAUAUUGCAAGUCCAUCUCCAUCCCACGUUUCUCUCCGUGCCUGUCCUCCUCUCAUCAGCCCAGAGGACUCUGAGAACCUCAGCAGUGCUAGUGGUGUUUUCACCUACAUUAAGAACACGACUCGGAGAGCCUACCAACAGGUCGUGGAGAUGCUGGAUGAAAGUCACCAUAGUCGGACAGCUCUUUUGACUCUUGAUGCUAGCUUGGAGAACACCUCUGAUGAUGCUGUCUUAACAGAUGCUGCAUCAUUGCGACGACAGAUCAUCAAGCUGAACCGAAGACUGCAGCUAUUGGAGCACGAGAAUAAAGAGCGAGCGAAGCGUGAAAUGAUCGUGUACUCCCUCACUGCUGCUCUCUGGGUGGUCAACUCUUGGAUCUGGCUACGCCGCUAGAAACAAGGAACGUUUCAAAAGAACAAAAGAAAAUACAAUUCAGUUACCAUGUACAGUGUAUUAGGUAUUUUGCACUUACAGGCAGUUAGUGAGGGUCAAAUCAAUACAAAAUAUGUGAAGUUACAAAUUUUGAGUUGCACUCUCAAUUACAAAAGAUCUAAUUGUGCUUGGAGAAAUGCAUUGUAUGUAGUCAUUUUUCAGUUAUUGUUUUUACAUUUCCAAUUAUUAUGCUGUUCUUGUAAAUAUUCUUACAUAUAGAGAUACAAUAGUUUGAUGGUCCUGUGCAGUGUGAUAUAAAGAUGUAAAUGCUCUUAAUAUUCCAUUUUACAUUCCAUAGUUGUGAAAACAUGAAAGUUUGCACUUAUUUUUCAGUUAAAAUACUUUGUGCCAUUAUUUAUGGAUGAACAUAUUUUUGGGGGAUCCCCAAAGAAAUAAAGAGUAA